AUGGGCAAAUCAAACUUGGAGUUGGUCGGCGAAUGCGACAACUUCCCCUACUAUGAAGAUGACCGCGCCGCAUACACAGCCAAUCUAACCAACUACCACGCCUUCAAAGUCACCGGCUACAAUGCAACCCUCGGCUACAUCCUCAAUGCAGUCGUUGACCAAUUCCCCUGGUCAGAAAACUGCUGGUCAAUCGACUCAACCGCCCGCACCGUGACCCUAGUAGCACCAGCAGACGCCGACCCCGCACACCGCAGCAAGCUCGUGGCAGACAGCAUCGCCGAAGCAGUCCGACAAGACAAAUUCGAAGUGCUCCGCGGAUGGCGCAACGAACAGUAUCCCGUCUACGGCCCCGGCGGGGAAUUCAUCCUGGACAUGGAACGGAGCGCAUCCCCGCUUUUCGGCAUCGUCUCCUACGGCGCCCACAUGACCUGCUACGUGGAAGACGCCGACGGUCUCAAGAUCUGGAUCCCCCGCCGCUCAAAGACGAAGCAGACCUACCCGAGUCUGCUCGACAACACCGUCGCGGGUGGUAUGUGCACAGACGAGAAGCCCUUCGAAUGCAUCGUCCGCGAAGCAAUGGAGGAAGCCUCCCUCCCUGAAGCGGUCGUCCGAGCUGCCACCGUUUCCAGAGGAUGUGUGACAUACUCGCAUGUGCGGGAUGCGCGUGCUGGCGGUGAAACGGGUCUGAUUCAGCCGGAGGUUGAGUAUGUUUAUGAUUUGAAGCUUGAUUCGUCGACUAUUCCGAAGCCGGGUGAUAAUGAGGUGGAGGAGUUCAGGUUGCUUUCUAUUCCGGAGGUUCAAGAGGCGCUUGCCCGCGGCGAGUUCAAGCCUAAUUGUGCUAAUAUCAUGAUUGAUUUCUUUAUUCGGCAUGGUUAUCUGACCGCUGAGAAUGAACCGGAUUUCUUGCAGAUUGUUGCUAGGUUGCAUCGUCGUUUGGAAUAUCCUACUGCUUCGCAUUGUUGA